CGUCAGUACGAGCAAGAGCGCCGCUUACUGCGUGAACAAAACGAAGUACUGCAGCGUAAACUGUUGGAGUGUCAGGAGAAAACAUUGGCCUUUAUGCAAGGCGACCAGGCAAGCAAUGCACAGGCCGUGGCACUCUAUCUGAACGACAUCUUGAAAACGACGUUUCUUCGAUAA